ACAAAAAACGCCGAGUUUUGGCUGCCGCCAAUACUCGUCCACCUUUCAAGCGAGGCGCAGCUCAUCUCGAACGAGCCUAAUGUCAGCAGGACAAGUUGAUUACCAAUUAUCGCUGUGUAAAGGCUAUCUGUGAUUCAUUUCGGGGUGUACUUAUUUUAUGUCACUCAGCAGACUUGUUAUAGUUACAGAUCUGCACACUAGCAAAGUGUCAGGGACGGGGCGGAUACUGUUGUGACGCGGCAGUUUCCCAGCAUACAGUGGGGCAUCAUGGCGGACACAAGGGAGAAGGCACUGCAAGACUACAGGAAAAAAUUACUUGAACACAAAGAAAUUGACGGGAGGUUAAAAGAAUUGAGAGAACAACUGAGAGAACAAACUAAACAGUACGAGAAAUCAGAAAAUGACCUGAAGGCUCUGCAAAGUGUUGGUCAGAUUGUUGGAGAAGUGCUCAAACAGCUGACUGAGGAGAAAUUCAUUGUCAAGGCCACCAACGGCCCCAGAUAUGUGGUUGGAUGCCGCAGACAGUUGGACAAGUCCCAGCUGAAGCCAGGCACCAGAGUGGCUUUGGACAUGACCACACUCACUAUAAUGAGGUACCUGCCCAGAGAGGUGGACCCUCUGGUCUACAACAUGUCCCACGAGGACCCGGGCAGCGUCUCCUACUCUGAGAUUGGAGGCUUGUCCGAACAGAUCCGUGAGCUGAGAGAGGUGAUUGAGCUGCCUCUGACCAACCCUGAGCUCUUCCAGAGAGUGGGCAUCAUCCCCCCUAAAGGCUGCCUGCUCUACGGGCCUCCAGGUACUGGGAAGACUCUUCUUGCCAGAGCGGUGGCCAGUCAGCUGGACUGUAACUUCCUCAAGGUGGUGUCCAGCUCCAUCGUGGACAAGUACAUCGGUGAGAGCGCCAGGCUGAUUAGAGAGAUGUUCAACUAUGCCAGAGACCACCAGCCCUGCAUCAUCUUUAUGGAUGAGAUUGAUGCCAUUGGCGGCCGUCGUUUCUCUGAGGGAACUUCUGCUGACAGAGAGAUCCAGAGGACUUUGAUGGAGCUGCUGAACCAGAUGGACGGCUUUGACACGCUGCACAGAGUCAAGAUGAUCAUGGCCACCAACAGACCUGAUACUCUGGACCCGGCCCUGCUGCGUCCCGGCAGACUGGAUCGUAAAAUUCACAUUGAACUGCCAAAUGAACAGGCUCGUCUGGACAUCCUCAAAAUCCACUCCAGUCCCAUCACCAAGCACGGAGAAAUGGAUUAUGAAGCCAUCGUGAAGCUAUCAGACGGUUUCAACGGAGCUGAUCUGAGAAACGUGUGCACAGAAGCAGGUUUGUUUGCCAUCCGCGCUGACCGAGAGUACGUCACACAGGAGGACUUCAUGAAAGCGGUGCGGAAGGUGGCGGAUUCAAAGAAGCUCGAGUCCAAGCUGGACUACAAGCCUAUAUAAAUCUGUCAUAGCCCUGUUCCCAUAUUUUUCAUUGCAUUUUCAUGGAUUUGCUGUGUUCCUCGUUCUCGCAAGUUGCCAACAAGUAACUUUUACUCAGUAACCCGUUUCCACUGGUUAGCGUGACCUGCAUCAUAGAGGCUGAUCAUUCUGCCAUCCCACAGAACACCUGAUAAAAUAACUUGUACUGAAAAUACACCGUUAUAUGGAAAGUUGUUUAUCACCAUUCUUUCCUCUCAACCUUAAAGUAAGUGUGAUUGACAUUCAGCAUCUCACUGACUGCAUGAUCCAAAACUCAUUAAAGGGACAGUUCAGCCCAAUAUCAAACACAUUUGUCCUCUUACCUGUAGUGCUUCUUUUCACUGUAGUUAGUUGUGGUGUGAGUUGCCGAGUGUUGAGAUCCCGGCCGUAGAGAUGUGUGCAUUCUCUCCAAUGUAAUGGGACCAGAUGGUACUCGGCUUGUGGCGCUCCAAGCACCAAAAAACUACAUUUAAAAUAACUUCAGCAAUGUCAGUCCAGAAAUCAUGGCUCAAUAUUAUCCAUAGACCUUGUUGUGAGCAGUAUGUAUGUGUAUAUAUUAUACAUGCAUACAUUUUAAUUGUAUUGCAGUUAAACAAUAGGCCUACAGAGAAUGCAGAGGGUGGUGCAGAUAAUCUCCAAAUAACCAUGUUAGAAUGUAGGAGCCCAACACUCCGUGAGUAGCAGACCACUACGGUCCCUUGUCAUGGCCUUUAAGAUUCUUCUUCAGGAUGAUGUUUGAUUGGGACUGCAGAUGUCUGUACAGGCUGCAUGUGUUGACAGAACAAAUUGACUUACCAGUACUGGAGCUAAAAAUGUAAAGUCAGCCUGUGUAGUGGAGCUCUCUUAACUUUAUGUAGACACAGUUGGUAACAGCCUCUGUUAUAUGCCGAUAGUAGUGAAAAGCAGCGGUGUUUGAUGGCUGACAUUUACAGUCGCACUCACCCAAGGGAUACGUGUCCUGUCCCCCCCAUUGCUUUUACAGCUGCAUCGUUACCUUGUAUUGAAUAUAAAAUAACACAAAUAUGUACACUGUACAAAUAUCAAAUAAAGGUCAAAUUACUGACAAAAUCAAUUCUAUAUUACAAGGGUUUUUGAUUGGACAGUAAUUU